UAUAUUAUUACCUGUGGAUAUUUAUUACAGAAUUUCGAAAUCUAAUAUUCAUUGUGAUUUUGACUUGGAUGUAUAAUCAAAUCUAAGGAAAAUAAACUUCAAUUUUUCACUCCUCAUUUCGAAAAAUGUCUCCAUCUAUUUCUCCUUUUGAACGGAUGAAGAAAUUCGGAAAUGAGUAUCACAAUCAUGAUAUUUCUAUUCCCUCGAAAGGAGAAGAACCAGUUUCGAUAUCAACCCAAUAUCCAUACUCUAAACAACCUUCUCGUCACUCUAUCCCUGCAUCCUCUCGAGGUCUUCAUGCCAUCAAUCCCCCACAAGAAUUAUCCGAUACAUCACUUCCCUAUUCCCUUGUUCCUCAUCCAUCAAAAGCAUCCAAUCUCUAUACACCUCAAGCCCAAGCUCCAGUUCGAUUUCCUCUACAUCUUUCUGAACUCACAAUCGAUUCUAUCCCUGGAAAUAUAUUCAAUGGAUUUAAAAAUACACUUUUGUUUUAUGAUCAUCCGAGGAAUUUGAAGCGGAAAGAAUGCUCGAGACCGGUUUUUAAAAUGUCAAUUAAGGGGUUAGAGAGGAUUACUUCUAUGCUUUUCUUUUUAUGUGGUGGGGAGGAAGAAAAUAAGGAAGAGGAGAAAAAGAAAAAGGAAAAUGUAUUGAUAGGAGGUGCACAAUUUGAUAAAUUUAGUAAGGACGUGGAAGUUCAGCAGGUGGGGAUAGAAGGGUUACAGAGGGAGAUGGAAUCUGGAAUGCGGGUUCUUGGUACGGGAAUGGAGCGGAGAUGGGAGUGGAUGGUUCCUGGUUCUUUUGAUGAGGAUGAGAAUUUCCCGGGGAAGGAUGGGAAAGAGAGGGCUUUCAUCUGGAAACAUAGAAUUCCUGAUUCUUCGUUAGCCCUUUCGUUCACAAAUCCGAAUUUGGAGCUGAGGGAUAAGGAGUCGGGGGAUUUGUAUGCGGUGAUUAGGUAUGAUGCUUGGAAGAGGAAAGAUAUGAUAGGGAUACAGUUUAGGAGGAGAUGGGAGGACAGAAGUGGAGUUAGAAGGGUAUGAGGAUGGGGAUGGAAGGGAGAAAGGGUGGAAUUUCAAUUGGGUGUUUGAUUACGGGG